UCGCGUGCAUAUCACCGGGGCUACGCUGGCUCAGCUGGACGGCAGGUUCCAGGUCGAGUCUGGGGACGGACACCUCAGAGACCAGCUGCUGGCUGACCUCAAAGUACAGACCUACCUCAUCGUCAACCCAAAGGUUAGGAAAUUUUCUAUACAAUUAAGCUCUUUUAAGAUGACCAAGAGCGUCGAGUGUUGGGGCAGCGGCAAGCCAUUCUCAUCUCUGAGCCACUCUACCAUGGCGAAAAAUAUCACUCUCACGGUGGUAAUCCGUUGUUGCAGGUGGUCGUGGGGAGGUGGAGGAGGUGGCAGGUGGUGGGGCUGGAAGCAGGAGUGGAGUUACAGGACUCGUCCGUUCCCGCAAUACGAGCAGGGGCUGGUCGUGGGUUCUGUACUGGGCGCCCUCGUGACGGGCAUCAUCGUCUGCUCUACUGGUAAAUGGUACGCGUCGAUGAUCUGCAUGCUGGUGGUGGUGACGCUGCUGCUGACCGUGCCCACGUCGUCGCUGGCCUCGACGUCGGCGGCCCGCAAGGCGAUGAGGUCUUCGUUCUGGCUGCGGGUGGUCACUUGCUCCGUCGUGGCGGCAGCGCCCGUAGUCCUCACCUUGUUAUGGGCAGGCGUGGCAUACGAAGCCGAAGAGUCUAAUUUCGAAGCCGAGUCUGGGUUGUUUGAUAACCUCACCGUGUUGAUGGCGUCUGGGGCGGAUGUCAGACUUGGGAUCAACGUGACCAGCGAAGACACUUUCGUUAAUACUAAGUGUGCAAACUUCAAGUCUAAUGUACUAGGCGGCAGAACGGGGUAUAAGUGUUAUGAAAAGGAAAAAAUGGUUGAGAGCGAGAGAUCUUCUGCCCCUCUACAAAAUGACGACGCUUCGCUCGACCAAGAUUCACAUGAAGAUUCGACAACUCUGACAGACAGACAUCUACGCUCGAUAUCUCACACCGAUAUCCCAAUCCUAGAAACGCCCACAACGAAACCCAUUAAACAAUUGGACGCAACCACCACAGUAGAACCUCCCGCGAACUACCGGCUCGACACUGCAGUUGGCAACAGAGAGGAAGGCUCAGGAGGGGUUCUUGCUGCCAGGGCAAUAGCAUACCCCCAGCAUCUGCUCUUGCUCCUCGGCAAUCAGUCAGACUCUAGGGCGAGAACGCACUACCUGUGGAGCACGCAGAUCGCCGUCGAGCAGGAGGAGGUCGAGACCACGCGGGGCAUCAACAAAGUUCUGCUCGAGAACAUCCUUCCUGCUCACCUUGCCCAUAAGUUCUUGGUCGCGUCCACCGAACAACAGGGCCUGUACCACGAGAAGUACACAAGUGUGGGGGUAAUGUUCGUCAGUAUUCCAAAUUACAUUGAGUUUUACGACGAAACCGACGUAAACAAACAAGGCCUCGAGUGCUUACGACUCCUCAACGAGAUCAUCUGCGAUUACGACAAGUUGCUGCUGAAGCCGAAGUUCAGCGUCGUCGAGAAGAUCAAGACGAUCGGUAGCACAUACAUGGUGGCGGCAGGACUACAGCCCGGCAAAGAGGAGGUACGGGACCGCACUGAGCAGAACGUUGUGACGCUAGUAGAGUUUGCCCUGGCUCUCGCUUCCGUCCUGGACUCCAUCAACAAAGAAAGCUUCCAGAACUUCCGCCUCCGAGUUGGCAUUGCUCACGGACCUGUGAUCGCGGGCGUGGUGGGCGCUCAGAAGCCCCAGUACGACAUUUGGGGCAACACCGUCAACGUCGCCAGCAGGAUGGACUCUUCUGGCCUCCUCGGCAGGAUACAGGCGACUGAAGAAACAGCGCAGGUCUUGCUGAGCGCAGGCGUAGAAUGUGCGUGCCGGGGACCAAUUGCCGUCAAGGGUAAAGGUACCCUCACCACAUACUUCGUGAUCGCACCUCAAGACUCCAGUAGUUUGGUUGAAUCAGGAGGCUUGAAGCGAAUGGCUUCCUUCUAUUCCUUUAAACCGGAGGACCAUGGAGCGCUGAUCAGAGGCACCGCUGAUAUCCCCAAUAUUGUGAAUGACAAGUCUGUGUCAUCUGCCAAAACGCUCAUGGUUCCUUCCAUACAAGAAUCCGGAGAUAAUUUGAAGUCAGACUCAUCCAAGUCUACUGGUAGGAUUCCUGUUGCCAAAUCCAGUAUAACAAGUGCAACAAUUGAGAUGACUGAUAAUAAAGCUGAUGGCAAUGGAUUGCAAAGUCUUCUCGGCGAUACGUCAAAUUUUGACGGAGUAGUUGCUGAACUUGAAACCCCAGCUGAGGAGGUCAACCAUAGCAUAACACAUCUUCCGCUGGUGUCAGAGACAAGCGGAGAAACAAAAACUCAAGCUGAAUUUACAGAAAUAGAAUUAAUUGUUACAGAAUCUGAUUCUACAUCAGCUUGCGGCAUAAUUGGCGGAAGAGAAAAUCAUGGGAGUGGCUUAUUAAAUAUCGAAUCACAACCAAUUGAAUUGACACAGGAGAUAAUACAGAAUUCUGAACCAAUAGAAAAACUUGUGUCAAGUAUUGAAAAUGAUGAGGAUUUCCGAACAGGAGUAACAGAUACUUUAAAUCCUGAUGAUGACAUGAAAGAAAAAAUACCCAUGAAUUGCAGGCACACCCACAUAAAUAUUGAGGCUGACAAUGAAUCGAUUCUGCUUCCAAUUGGAUCUAACUUGGAUGUACGCUUACCCAUGUUUCCGGAAAAAUCCAACCCUCUGUCUCCAAAUGCCAAUCAGCAUUCAAUUGUGAUUUUGAACAACAUGUAUUCGUGUCCUAUCACAUCCAUCAACGUUGUGCCAUCGAGUGCUGCUCCAAGUAUUUCGAUCAUCAACAUACAUCCUAUGUUGCCGGCUUCGACCAAUAACACGGAAAAAAUUACCCAACCACUUAAACAUUCCGUCGUUUCGUUUAUACCGAAUAAUACUCCACUGCACUCCGCUGAAAAAGAGAAAAAGUUGACAGGGAGCUCAGGCACCGAGUGUAUUGCCGAAUGUCUUCCUCCAUCCCAGGAAAUAUCUACUAGAAGUAAUAAUUUACAAACCAUGCUUCCAGAUUGGACAUCCCCCAUAUGUAAUUGGAAUUCAAAGACAAAUUAUCAAAGUGAAAUCCCUUUGUUAGAAGAUUCCUUAGUUGAAUCCGAUGUCAAGACUCCAGGACAACUCUCAACUAACCUGAGCGGUAUGCCUUACAAUGGUGUACCAGAUAAUUUUUUAAACUCUAAUAACAUUUCGUCGGUACCUGUGGCGCCAAUCGAAGUGAAUUUCAGUGGGGGCGUACGCAGCUCUAGCUUGCAACAAAACAAAGAAGACCGUUUGAAAGUCUGCAAUAAUAAUCUUGAAGAAGAUGUAAAUGACAAGAGCGCACGUCUUACCCAAGGUACUCAAACUCACGAUAGAAGACCCCAGCCGGAGUUUUUAUCCUCCAUUGCACGGCCAAAGAGAUACCUUACGAAACAGGAGUCUCUUAUUGUGAACAAAGUUGGAGCGUUAGAUGAUCAUGUCGAUUUUAAACUAUUGCGUCACGCUUCCCUUGUGCCGUUUGGCUCUGAAGUGAUAACGCAAAUAUUUGGGCAUGGAAAAUCUAAUGAAUAUGAUAACCCGUUCACAGAAUCAUGUCAAAACUUCAGUAAUCUAUCUAUGAUAAAAACCGAUACGAACGUGCGAUUGUCAAACGAGAAAGACGUUCUCGACGCAAGCCAAACUUCACUGCAGUCGGUAAACCAAAAACUAACCAACUCAACGAAUGGCUUGGAAUUGGCUUUUCGAAAUCCGGUGCUUCCUUUCCAUCUUCCAUCCCCGCCAGCUGAAUGUUCUACGUUCAUAGCUUUGAAUUCACCUGAAUUUACUUUAUCAACAUUGCCAUCACCUAUUUUACCUCCAACUCCUACGCACAAACCUUUUGGUCCAGGAACCACGUGCUCGACUCCUUCGGAUUCCCAGGAGCUCCCUGGCAUGCCACCACUCAUCGAUUUGAAUUGUUUCGAUAUUUCCGCACGUUACCCAGCAGAAAUGGAAAGACUCCCUUUUGUUGGAAUGGUGAAUAAAUAUAAGCCGAAAAGAUCAAUGUCUGUUCGAGAUGAUAGACCAUUCCCCUACCUUCAGCACUUCAGAGAAGAGAGACGGAAACCCAGAUUAGAGCUUGGCUACCAGUUUAAAAGUAAAAUCCGAUCUCCUGAAGCUGUCGACAAUGUCAAAAGACGAGGUCGCUCCAUGAGUGUCCAAGAAGACUCGUUUGCGAGGCUGAAACUGCAACAUCACCCCUUGUACCUCCAAAGUCAGGGAAUUUCAAUGAAGUUCGAUGAGCAUACCGGUAAUAAAAUGGCACUUUUUCCGCAGAGCGGUUCAACCGAAGAGGGUUCAGAUGAAUUUUUUUCGUCUGAUUCGACUUUUGGAGCCCCAAGUGUAAACGACACUGUCCUGGAAAAACUGAAUUUUGAUUCGCAAUUUUCACGUAUGGUUACUCCCGCUGUCUACAACUCUUUCCAUGAAAAUUCAGCAGUUGCAUGUCCACCGUUUUCUAACGAAGGUAAAGAAGAACACGAUAUUUUCAGCCCUCACCCACCGGGACUUCCUAUACCGUGCCCGAGCCCUACGUUUUACCCAAAAUUUAAGUGCGUUGAGAGUAAAUCAACUGAGAGCUUGUAUUCUGUUAUAGGUUCGCUUACCAAUGACGAAAAUCAAAUCUUAGAUAGAAAGUUUUUAGUUUUGUCUUCGAAAUCUCCUCAACGAAAACGUAACCAAGUAUUUGUUUAAAAUUGUUUUGGAAAUCAUCUCUGGAAUCUGGACUAAAUCGUUUUGCUUAAGGUUUCAGUUUAUUAUCAACAGUUUAGGAAUUCCAAAAUUUUCCAUCGAGAAUGUUGAAUAUUGGAAUACAUGAUAAUUGCAAAGUUCUGCUUGCAGGUGAUGGUUAUUUUCGCGUAUUUGCAAAUUUGACUUCUACCAGAAGCUUGCAAAUACCAAUGUUAAUCAGGUGCUAACCUUUAAGUAUCAAAACAAUAGUAUUACGUUAUCUUGUAAAUACUGUAGAGGGUUAGAUCGUGUAUCCGAAUUUUCUAUCUUUCUUGAGAUGUAUUUUUCUAAAUGUUUCUCGUCUUCUCAGUCCAUUCGCCAGUCGAGUUUCCGUAGCGAAAUGGCACAAAACUUAUAAUGGCUUCAGGUUCGUAAAAUCACGAAUCUGAUCUUACGCUUCUUCAGUUUUCUUCUUACUUUUAAUAAGGAAGAGAACAGCUUUGUGCGCGAAGAGCAAUUUUCUAAUAGAUAAUACGUUAGUGAUUGAAAUUAAACAUAAAAAAAAAUCCCUUCAUCGAGCAGUUGUGGGCUUACAUAUUCUACAUAACUUCUACCUCUUUAAGUAGCUCUUCCAUUUGCAUAAGCGUCUAUUUCUUCAUAUGAAAAACCUGGUUAAACCUCCCACUAGUUAGUCUGCUUCUCUGAUAGAAGCAUCACACGCAUUCGAAACACAUUAAUUUAAAAGUUUGGGGCCAAAUACUCCAUAAUGAUUGCUACGCGCGAAUCGAUACGCCAUCAUCAUUUAGGUUAAAAUUUAAACUAUUUAGUAUCAGGCCCAUGCAUAAGUUCGUGGCCGUGCGUUCGCUAUAGGCGUUAAACUUUUUUUUUCUGCUCGUAAAAUAAAUGUUUUUUAGCUGAAAUCUAAAUUAAAUAUGUAGCUACUGUUUUCAUUUUCCGACCAAAGAAAUCUUAAUUUGUACUCAACUAAUGCCUAAAAUAUUUGAGAAAAUGCUUUCGCUUGAGUCAUUAUAAAAUCACUCGUCUAGUCUUCCUUCUGGCCUCUUCAUUUUUACAACAUAAACUGCACUCGAGACAUGCUUUUGUUGUAUGGUUACGUACGAUUAUUGGCGUUGUAAAUUGUUGUCAAUUCUAUUUUUAUAGUUGUUUAACGAGGAGCAUAGUAUGGAAGAUAUCGAUAUAAUGGAAAACCAAUCGAUUUACUGUCCUAUAUAAGGGUUUCUAAUAAUUUUAGGCACACAACAUCACUAUACAAUGUGUUGCUCAAAUGGGAUGUAUUGCUGAUAGCUGAUAUCAAUUAUUUCAUCAUUUUAUGUGCUGAAAACUGUGCAAAAAAUAAUUCCCAACACGGUGUGAAGAUAAUGUCAAAUACUCAUCGUAGCCAUAACGUUCGUGUAUUAAUCUGAGACCUUCGUCAUUAUAGCUCAAUCAUAGCAUAAGUAUUUUAACUCACUGGAGUGUCAUAGAAACGAUUUUAGAUGUCUUGAUUUUGCCCACCUCUGUAAAUGACGGCACACUUACAGUUUGUUUGUUCCUAUAAUUAAAUGUGGAAGGAACAUAUAAUGAAUUAUGUGUUGAAUAUUAAUCAUUAGUAACAUGAAAAAGAAAUAUUAGCAUAUUCCAAGGCCAAUUGAGACUGAAUGCGUAGAUUUUUUCAAAUGACAAAGAACUGAUCAUCCAGCCGAAUACUCCGAAGUACCAGGGCUCCUGAAAUUAUAGUUCAUGCAAAAUUGUUUUCAUCUACAAUAAAGACAGGACAAAAUCAGUUGCUCUACAAUCUGGGCUACUUAUGCCAGAUCAUCACGAGUAGCUUACCUUUGGACUCGUCAGCCACAUGGAAACAUUCGAUAACCGUCUGUUGAUUAGUCAACUAAACUCGUGAUUUUCCUAUAGGUUUCGUAGGUAAUUUGAGAUCUUGGCCUCAGCACAUCUCUUUGUUCAUUCGGUGGUGAAAUUCCUUAUUUUUUUAAUAAAUUGACUGACUAAUACUCCCGUUGGACUGUGGAAGCGCGCAACGGGAUUUCAUUGAUAUUUAUUAAGAUAUUUGUGCUUGAGACAAGAAACGACAUGUAUUCUGAAGUUGUAUUAUGCAAAAUAGUUAUAGUUUUCUAUUCAUGUCUUGAUGUCUGAAUAUAUCAGAACUUGGUGUGUGUCUUUUGACAUGUUGAUGUUAGCGGACAAUCGUGUUGGCUAUAAGCUUGUCUUAAACACGAAGAUCGCACAAUAACACAAUUUUAUUACGAAAGUUAGUCCAUAGUUUAUCGUUUAUUGGAAUUGAAUGUUGAAAGUUUAGAAUGUCAUGAUGAGCACAACUAUGUCGCAGAUCAAGCUUUGCAAUUUAAAUUGGCUGGUUUCGAACUUGGAGGGUGACCGUCUUAUAAAUUUGCGAUAUUGAAAAUAAUUUUAACGAUUUGUUAGCUUCCUUGCCUUAAAUUGAACACAUUACCUUCAAUCACGUGUAGGAUUGGUCGUGACUAGGUAUCGUAUUUAUUCAAAUUGUUGUUUCGUUUGCGGACAACUGUGUAGUGUUAUGACCUGUAUAUCGACCAAUAUACAACUAAAGAGGGGACACCCCUCUUUAGUUGUAUUAAGCAAUCAAACAGGGGUGUCCCCUGUACAGGGUGUCCAAAAAAAAACGAUACUCAACUUUGAAUGGCUGUAACUCAAAA